UAAAACAGACUGGAGCUCGCGCACUCACGGCACAGCACUGCGAGACGUGGACACUGACGCACGCGCUGUCCACCGUACCGUAGCUCCUUUCCCCCCACUUGCACGCGGACACACAUGCUCGGACACGGCAACUUAUUCCCCGUAUCGGACUGACAGCGAGACGCACGCCGGAAUAUCUUACGCUACUACUAUUUCACUGGACAUCAACGAGUGACACAUCGGAAUUAACGCUAAAUAUUUUUGGGGUACACCAGAAGCGCGCCGGUGAAGAGGAGGUCUGUGCCAACAUUUCAUCUCAUCAAAGAUGGCAAACCUUGUGACAUCCAUGUGCUGCGUGGUGCUAGCCGCCGCCGUGGUGGCCUACGCGCAGAGACGCAGUCAGCUCGUGGGAAGAAACCAGUAUGAGAAGAUGGGCAGUGACGUGACCAUGCUGUGUGGCUCUCUGGACAACAGCACGUCCGUCACUUGGAAGGUGAAUGGGACCGACGUGAGGGCCCCGCACAGAGUGGAGGGGCCCCGGCUCCUGCUCACCCACGUCAACAGCAGCCACAACGGCCUGUACAGCUGCUUCCAGAACCCCCACGGAGAGAGACGCGACUCCAUCAACCUGCGCAUCGGACUGCCUCCUGGAGAUCUGCUCAUCACCUGUCGUUCUAACACAUACCCCAAAGGAUUCUACUGCAGCUGGACCCUCAUGCACCGCACUUUCAUCCCCACCAGCUUCGAGGUCGACGUGCAACACAACCAGCGCUCUCUGGAGGUGCAGACUGACCCCUUCCAUAAGAACCGCUGUCACGUGCGUUUCCCUGAGGUCUUCUCCAGCUUCCGUUACCUGGUCAACGUCACCGCGGUCAACGCCCUGGGCAAGGCCGCCUCCACAUACACGUUUGAGGAGUCCAGCAUAGUGAAGCCCGACCCCCCUGAGCGCGUGGUGGCUACCCCAGUGAGGAACAACCCUCGCAGGCUGGAGGUGUCCUGGAAUAGCCCCUCCACAUGGCCUGACAUCAACGGCUUCCCCCUGAAGUACUUCCUCCGCUACAGGCCCCUGAUCCGGGAGCAGUGGCAGCAUGUGGAACUUUCGGACAGCACCUCUCACACCAUCACUGACGCCUACGCUGGGAAGGAAUACAUCAUCCAGGUGGCUGCUAAGGACACAGAGAUCGGCACAUGGAGCGACUGGAGCGUGGCGGUGCACGCGACCACCUGGAUCGGAGAGAUCACCUCCCCUCCCGAAGUGGAGCCGGUCCCAGGGGUCAUCCCAGCAAAGACCAGCCCGUCCUCCGUGCCCUCGUCCAAGGCUCCUCAGAAGGCUGAACCUCCAGUGGGGAGAGCUGCCAGAGUCCUGACCCUCUUCUCUCCGCUCAUGCUGGGGAUGCUGCUGCUGCUCAUGUGAUGCGGAGGUCCCGUCCCGAGAGGAGGAAGAGGAGGAGUGGGAAGCAGAGGAGGGGGAGGGCUGUCCUUUUUUCUAUUUUGCACACGUUUUUUGAGGACAGGUGCAACAAUCGGUUCUGCCCAUCACACCCAGAUUACAAGACUUCUAAUCUGACAACUCAAAUUCCCAAAUCAAAAUCGUCCACUUUGGAAAAUCUCAAACUUUUGUAAAAACCCACGGAAGCGACAGGAGCUACACUGCGUUCUACAGUCUUAUACUCCCCCUGGUGCCCGUAAAGCGCUACUACAAACUGAUUUCUUGACUUGGGAAUCUCUUGA